AUGGAGGUCAGGUACAACCAAGACACGGAAGGAAUGGUGCUGAAGAAUGGACUUAAGGAGGGCAAAGACGGAAAGGAAUCACAGGGCAGUUUGUCCAAAAGCUUUCUGAAGGAGCAACAGAGCUCUUUUUCCUCCUCUGGGACCGUGGAAAACUGCGAGAAAAACAGGGGGAGCACCGGAGACCCAGACUACUGUCGGAGGAUACUUGUGCGAGAUGCGAAAGGCUCCAUCAGAGAGAUUAUCCUACCAAAGGGUUUGGAUUUGGACCGGCCCAAAAGAACCCGUACCUCUUUCACUGCAGAGCAACUCUACAGGUUGGAGAUGGAGUUUCAGAGGUGUCAGUACGUUGUGGGAAGGGAGCGAACUGAACUCGCCCGUCAGCUCAAUCUAUCUGAAACUCAGGUCAAGGUUUGGUUCCAGAACCGGCGCACGAAACAAAAAAAAGAUCAGGGGAAAGACUCAGAGCUCCGCUCAGUGGUUUCAGAGACUGCGGCAACCUGCAGUGUCCUCAGACUGCUAGAGCAGGGUCGGCUGCUCACACCCUCAGGCCUGCCAGGCAUUUUGCCACACUGCGGUAGUAGCACUUUGGGUUCAGCCCUUCGCCCCCCCUCCAUCGGCAUGGGCAACAAUAGUGGCAGCGUCGGAGGUAGCAGCGGAGCCGCUGGCGGCAGCCCGACUCUACCCGUCGUCACCAGCUCUGGGACGGUGCCAGGCCUGCAGAGCUCGGCGGCAGCUCACAGCUUAUUUAGCUUCCCAAUGCCAUCCUUACUUAGUGGCGUCGCCAGCCGCAUGUCAUCGAACCCGCUGACCGUGGCCAGUUCGUUAGCAGGCAAUUUGCAAGAACUCUCUGCCCGCUAUCUGAGCUCUUCUGCUUUUGAGCCAUACUCGCGGACCAAUGGCAAAGAAUCCAUGGACAAGAAGAUUUUGGAAUGA